AUGGAGGCCAUCGAAGCGAGGCUGAGCCGUGUAGGCAUCACCAGCCUCCAAGAGCUCCAAAUUGCCGUGCGCGGAAAGACUUUGGCUGAGAUGCUCCAGCGGAGCGGGAAGCCCCUGUCACAGGAGGUCUUGUCUGCCCUUGUAGCUGCUGCGGAGGGUCUGGUUGAUGGCUCCCUGGGCGAGUUGCCUCGGGACCGCACAAAGGAGGAAAGGGUACUGGGGGGUGCUUGGGUGUGGGUGAGAGAGAGUGCUUGCCUCGGUGAGAGUCCAGUGACUUUGAACGGCGAUUUCUUCCACCUGGACCCGGCGCGUGCGCCGGCAGCAAUGACGGGGCCCAUUUUCUCCUUUGGUUUGUCGGGGCGAGAUCCUGUUGGCAAACAGAAGAUCCCAGGGCCUGGCGCCUACGAGUUGGCCAAGGACCGCGAGGCUGGUUUGACGGCCUCCAAGUGGACCAUGACGCCGCGACGAGAGCGGCAGAAAGUUGGUGACGUCGGGGACCUGCCUGGGCCUGGAGACUAUGAAAUUGAGGCCAUGGUGGGCAAAUCUCCCAAGUACUCGGCAGGGCAGAAAAUUGACAUUGGCAAAAAACAAGUCCUUCCUGGACCCGGAGAUUACUCCCAAGGCGACAUCACUGCGAGCAAGACGCCUUCUUGGCGCUUUGGCACUUCCAACCGUGCGCGUCCCAACGGUGCUGCAGAGAUGACCCCUGGACCUGGUGCAUACAUGGUGUCUUCCACAGCCCAGCCCUCAUUUCAUAAGGCUUAUUUGUCAGCAUGUGCGACAACAUUUCAAGGACAUACAGCGAAGAAGUAG